CGCCGGGGCGCACGUGACAUCAGAUAUGGCUGACAAAAACAAAGCGGGUGUUUCGAACACACGAACAGAAGGAAUCACUCUCAAUAAACAAGCAUUACAAGCAACCAAAGACGAUAAUGCAUCUGUUCCUAUUCCUGGAGGCAUUAGUGAAUCUAUGAUGAUGGACAUCGAUGACUCCAAGAGCGAGACAACGAGUCAGUCUCAUGACAGCACCAACUCCAGGUCGGAAACCCCAACCAGUAUGGUUACUACAGGCUCAGAUCAGGCCCUCGUAGCCAAGAGAUGGGCAAGGGGUAGAUGGAAGUCAAAGAAAUGCAAGUGGCAGUUCAAGUAUAGUUGUCACGUUAAGGAGGACCACGGACAGCCAAUAUUUGGAGUAAUCUUCAAUCCGUAUCGGAAGGAAAAUGACCCAAAUGUCUUCUGUUCAGUCGGUAGUAAUCGUGUAUCGAUCUAUGAGCUUCACGACGACGGAAAGAUAAAACUGCUGCAGAGCUAUGUGGAUACAGACUCUGAUGAAAACUUCUACACUUGUGCAUGGACGUACGAAGAGAGAACGGGUCUCCUUCUCUUAGCUGUGGCAGGCUCCAGAGGCGUCAUCAGAAUCAUCAGCCCUAUAACUCUACAGUGUAUCAAGCAUUUCAUCGCCCAUGGCAACGCAGUAAAUGAAUUGAAGACACACCCGCAUGAUUCUAACCUACUUCUCUCAGUCAGCAAAGAUCAUUCGGUCAGAUUGUGGAAUCUGAAGACAGACACAUUGGUCGCCAUCUUUGGUGGGGUCGAAGGUCAUCGAGAUGAAGUUCUAUCAGGGGACUUUGACAUCGAUGGUCUGAGGAUAGCAUCGUGCGGUAUGGACCAUUCACUCAAAAUAUGGAAUCUACAGAAGGCCAAUAUUCAACAAGCAAUUCAGGAGUCACACGCAUACACUGCAUCUAAGACAAAUAAGCCAUUCAAGUCUCUGUAUGUAAACACACCUGACUUCACAACCCGUGACAUCCAUAGGAACUAUGUUGAUUGUGUGCGCUGGCUGGGUGACUUUGUGCUUUCCAAGUCUUGUGAGAAUUGCAUCGUUUGUUGGAAACCUGGCGGUAUCCAUGACCCGGUAGAGAUCAUCAAGCCUUCCAUGUCAGAGGUCACGGUCUUGACCAGGUUCAACUACACACAAUGUGACAUUUGGUUUAUGAGAUUUAGCAUGGAUUACAGGCAAAAGAUCCUCGCCCUCGGCAAUCAGGUGGGCAAGAUAUUUGUGUGGGAUCUAGAGAUGGACGAUUGCAUCAAACCAAAAUGUGCCACAUUUACCCACCCCAAGUGUAUCUCAGCUAUCCGUCAAACGGCCCUCAAUCCUAGUGGUAAUAUUCUCCUUGCUGCGUGUGAUGAUGGCACUAUCUGGAGAUGGGAUCGCACCAAAUAAAUUAUCAAAACCUGUAGAACUCUGAUCAUACCAAGUCUGUCUCAGCAAUCUGUCAAACAGCCCUCAAUCCUAGUGGUAAUAUUCUUCUUGCGGCUUGUGAUGAUGGCACUGUCUGGAGAUGGGAUCGCACCAAAUAAAUUAUCAAAACCUGUAGAACUCUGAUCAUACCAAGUCUGUCUCAGCAAUCCGUCAAACAGCCCUCAAUCCUAGUGGUAAUAUUCUUCUUGCGGCUUGUGAUGAUGGCACUAUCUGGAGAUGGGAUCGCACCAAAUAAAUUAUCAAAACCUGUAGAACUCUGAUCAUACCAAGUCUGUCUCAGCAAUCCGUCAAACAGCCCUCAAUCCUAGUGGUAAUAUUCUCCUUGCUGCGUGUGAUGAUGGCACCAUCUGGAGAUGGGAUCGCACCAAAUAAAUCACCUGUAGAACUCUGAUCAUACCAAGUCUGUCUCAGCAAUCCGUCAAACAGCCCUCAAUCCUAGUGGUAAUAUUCUCCUUGCUGCGUGUGAUGAUGGCACCAUCUGGAGAUGGGAUCGCACCAAAUAAAUCACCUGUAGAACUCUGAUCAUACCUAGUCCGUCUCACCUGUCAGAUAAAUGGCCCCCAUCUGGGGAUAAUAUUGCACCAAAUAGAUAAUCAGUAUGACUAAAACUAUGAUCAUGACAUUGACGAGCUUAUCUCAGCUAUCCAUUAAACAGCCCUGAAUCGCAGCGAUAACAUUCUCCUUGCUGCAUGUGAUGAUCUGGAGGUAGGAUCACACCAAAUGAACACCCGAACUGUUAAGAACUUUGGUCAUUCUGAUUGUCUCGGCUAUUCGUUAAACAACUCACAUAUCAGCAAUAAUAGAGUAUACUCCUUGCCGCAUGCAAUGACGAUAUGGUCUCAAGGUGGGAUCACACUAAUACUAGUAAUAAAGCAUCUAGAACUCCAAUCAUCCGCAAACAUGUCCCACACACUGUCAAAUGUCCUAAGUGGUAAUAUACAUCUUGGUAUGUGUGAUGACAAUACCAUCUCGAGAUGAGAUUAUACUUAAACGAUUUAAAUGUCUAGAACUCUGGUCAUCCCGUGUGUCUCGGCUAUCCAUCACAUGGCCUGUUAUCCGAACAGUAACAUCUUUGAUGCAUGUGCUAGCGGUGUCUUCUUGAGAAGGGUUUACACCAAAUAAACAAUCAAAACCUGUCGAACUGUAUGCAUGUCGAUCUAUGACUGAGUGUCAUAGAUUCCAUUAAUAAUGGAUUAAAUUUUGCUUAAGAAGUUGUCUUCAAGCACAUAAAAGCUAGUUUUGGCCAGGUAGGUUUGGUACGAGAGAAUUUCUGAUUUUGUAUGUAAUCACAUUCUCUGGUUAUCAAAUGGUUAUCUCAAUCUGAAAAAUCAUUUCACCACAUUUCCCCAACAGCGCUGUAUAUAGCCAAAGGCAUCAUGAUUGUACAGAUCUAUAUGUACAAUGUACCAUGCAUUGUGAUUUUUUUCUUUAAUUUGUAAAAUAAAAGCACUCUUUGUAAGAAAAUUAA